ACAGUUGACAGGCAGCUGGCAGAGAAAUCGCAACAUGUCGGCACCAAAAGCUCCCUACGUAAAGCACAACAACGGCACUCAAAUCCAGACAAUUGGUCUGGGCACAUAUACGUCUUUGGGUGGUGAUUGCGAGCGGGCAACGCUGCAUGCAAUUGAUGUGGGCUAUCGGCAUAUUGACACCGCCUAUUUCUAUGAAAAUGAGGGGGAGGUGGGCAAUGCAGUGCGCCAGAAGAUAAAAGAGGGCGUCAUCAAGAGAGAUGAUAUUUUCAUAACGACCAAGCUGUGGUGCCACUUCCAUGAGCCCGACAGAGUGGAAUAUGCUUGUCGCAAAACGUUGCAAAACUUUGGACUGGAAUACGUUGAUCUUUAUCUGAUGCAUUGGCCAUAUUCCUAUGUCCAUCGGAGCGAUAAUGUGUUAAUGCCAACGGAUGCCAAGGGUGAGGUGGAGUUAAGCGAUGUGGAUUACUUGGACACCUGGCGUGCCAUGGAAAAGCUGAUCGAUUUAGGCCUGGUCAAAAACAUCGGCGUCUCCAAUUUCAAUUCCGAGCAGCUAAAGCGUCUGUUGGCCAACUGCAAAAUCAAGCCAAUACACAAUCAGAUUGAAUGUCAUCCGUAUUUGAAUCAGCGUAAAUUGAUUGCUUUGUGCAAGGAGCAUGAUAUUAUUGUUACCGCCUAUUGUCCCCUGGGCAGACCAGAUCCAUCUAAGAAACAACCCGGUUUUAUAUACGAUGCCAAAGUGCAGGCAAUUGCUGAUAAAUACAAAAAAUCAACAGCUCAAGUUGUACUCCGUUAUCUGAUUGAAAUAGGCACUGUGCCGUUGCCAAAGUCAUCGAAUCCGAAGCGCAUUGAGGAGAAUUUUAAUAUAUUUGACUUCAAAUUAGAUGCAGCUGAUCAUUCAGUUUUGGACUCAUAUAAUAAUGGGGACCGUCUGGUCAAAAUGGAACAUGCUGUCAAGAGCAAAAAUUAUCCAUUCCACAUUGAGUUUUAAAAGUUGUUCGAUGAAUAUAUAUAUAUAUAUAUA